ACUCAUCGCAGGAAGACAGCCCCUGCGCUUUUCUGCAAGCUCCUACUGCAGAAGUUUUGUCAUACUUCAAGGUCUCUGUGAGUUUAAUUUCCAAAAAGGGUAAAAAGAAAGGAAAAAUGUAAGAGGGUCAGUGUGGCCCUCUUUCCUGCCCUUUUAAAUCUGGCAGGUGCCUAAAAAGAUGAGAAAAACAGGAACCCCUCGCGGCAGGUAUCUGAGAAACCUGCGCUUAGACUCCGAGAGCAAGCGGCCAGCAGUUCUGAGACUGGGCCGCGGCCUGCACUAGAACCGCCAGGAGAGGGGCUCCGCGGGUUCACAGGAGAAGACGCCGUACCUGUGGUCGCUGGAGAAGGCAAGGCGUAGUUCUUUUCCUCUUCUAUGAACUGCAGGGCCACGGUGCAGAAAUUGCUUUCAUACUGAACCACGAGAUGACUCAGAGCCACCACCAGCUCCUGCCGAGAGGGAGAAGGGACAAUAACACUCACUGGGGCUGGAAAAUGAUCGUGGAGCAGCAGUGAGACUUGAGUCACCAACAGAAAAAAGAAAGGUUAAGACAAAACCGUGCAAUUGGCAUCAGAAACAGGGACCAUCCCUUUUCGAACCGUCAGAGCAGAAGCCUUGGAAUAGCAGAGUGCUGGGAGACGGCAGGCCACCGGCUCACGGGGGAAGCCCAGAAUGCCUGCCAGAAUCCUCACCACCACUACAUGUGCACGACACAUCGGGGGUCUCGUAAGGACACGGUGAGUCACAGGACUCCAGAGAGGGAAAGGUAGGAGGCCUCACAGCCUCUUGCUUACGGUCACCACUGGGACCCUGGCUGAAAACACCUCUCUAGAUCACACCCAAUGGCUGGCGGCCUUUCUGAAUCUGAGCACCCCAGGGCCGAGCGCAGCGGACAAGCCAAAGCCUGCUCUUUUCAACACACGUGAAACUUUCAUUGGUAGACGUUUCUAGUCCCUAAGAGGGAAUGGGAAAAGUUGUGGAACUAAAACAUCAUCUUUAGGCCCAAAUGCCUUGGUCCAAGGAAACAGACACAAUUUGCCUCUCUUAGGACAGUUCAGUGCUGUGACAGGAACAGGUGGAGAUCCUAGAAGUCACUGGGGAACAGAAGGGGGAUGUGGGUUUAAAAAGCGGAAAGAACGUUUUUUUCCCUACGACAACUUUUUCUGCCUUUUUUUUUCUGAAAAGAAAAAAUACGGAUUCUUAGCAGAAAGCCAAGCGCUGUGAGAGGACCCCUUGCUAGUCGUGUAAUGCCCCCGUCUCCCCAGCGGCUGGAUGAGCAGGCUCUGGAUGGGCGCCCACCAGGCACCAGGGUCUUCUUGUGGCCGCCCCACUCUCCGUCUACGCACUCUCUGUACACGCACUUUCCCACCCCAGCCUUACACGCCCCGGGCUUCCUCCUGUCAUGCUUUGUGGUUUCCCUGAUGCUGGCCCCUCACUCUCCUAGGUUCAGGCUGGCUGUCCAGCUGCCAGCUCUUCACCUGCACCCCAAACUCUCCCUGCCCUGUGAACUGCGGGCACCGUCUACUUUCCCUUCAGCCUGCAGCGCCCUCUUGAUUUGCGCCGAUGGAACUGCAAGUCUCUCACUGCUCAGAAUGGAGCCCUGGCAUCACCCUCCACCCGCCCCUCCCACUCUGCUGGGCACCAAGAUCCAUGGCCCAGUGUGCGUCUUCACGGCCACGGCCCACGCCCCGGUUCUGGCGCUCGUCUCCAACUGCCUAAGUCACUGUCCCAGGCUCCCCGGGCAAACCACAGAACCCCCGCUGCCUUCCCUGUGCAAGAGGAGUGAGGCACUGCCGAACCGGGGCCUCCGACAAAGCGAACACCCACUGGGCCCCUUCCAGGGAAGAUCAAGGCUGCACCUGUCUUCAGAAAGCACCGAUUUUUUUCCCUUUCCUUCUGACAUCAGGCAUCAUAAAACUCAGCUCCUGUGACCACGGCAGGCCGGAGCAGCGUCCUGGGAAGCAUCUUGGGAGGCCAAGGCCUGGGAUUACAGAGUGGAUCACUUGAGCCCAGGAAUUUGACGCCAGCCUGGACAACUCAGCGAGACCCCAUCUCUACAAAAAAUACAAAAAUUAGCCCAGCAUGGUGGCAAGCGCCUGUGGUCCCAGCUACUCAGGAGGCUGAGGUGGGAGGAUCACUUGAGCCCGGGAGGCAGAGGUUGCAGUGAGCCGAGAUUGUGCCACUGUAUUCCAAUCUGGGUGACAGACUCUGUUUC